ACGCAUACAUUGUGAUUCCAACACAAAGUACAGAAAGCUUUCAGAACUGGAACACUUACAGACUGUCAAAAAGGUUAAAAAAAACAGAAAUUUUCAUUAGGCUUAUUCCAAGAAAAAACGAUCACAAUAAUGGAACCAAACAGCUCAACUCUUCCGCUGGAUUUCUGAAGAACUUGCACUGUGACAGAGAUAAAGCAAGAUCCUUAAUCAACUGCAAACAAUACUGCCAGACCAGCUGAGUUUCUCCAGCACUUUCUCUUUGGCUUAUUGGAAAACUGGAGCAUUGAGCUGAAUAGAUAGUGGAGUUGAGAGUUACAUCCUCAAGCGCUCCGGAUAACAGCUUCACGAGCAAACACAGUCUGAGGAAAGCGGAGUUCCAUCGAUCUGUUUCGGUUGACGUUUCCAAGGAGAUAGCCCUUGGUGUCCGGGAAUAACACGGGGCUGAUGCCUGCAUUCCUCGAGCAGUGUCUCACGGAUGCAAGAGCCUUGGAAGCGGCCAUCGACACUGAGCCCCCUUCAGGGAGACACAGGGCUUACGGGAUGAGUACAAAGUUGUGCCAGUGUCAGUGUGCAGGCUUUUGCCUAUCGCUCCUUGGCUGGCUCUGCUCCUUGGCAGCGACGGUGCUGCCUCAGUGGCUGACCAAGAACAGCGACUUGCUGCAGAGCGAGAUAUUCUUUGUUGGCAUGUGGGAAGCGUGUGUGGCCCAGGACGAGGGUCCAGUCCAGUGCAAAGCGUACGACAGCCUCCUGGGCCUGCCAGACGACAUCCAGCUCACUCGGAUUCUCAUGUGCGUCUCCGUGGCGCUCGGUCUGUUGGCCUUACUCUUCUCCCUGUCCGGAUUGGACUCCAUCACCUGCUGCAGCGACCAGGAGACCACCAAGGGGAGAUUAGCCGUCAGCGGGGGAGUGUCCUUCCUGCUCGCUGGAGUUACAACCCUCGCCCCGGUCUCCUACAUGGCCCACCUGACCGUGGUCAACUUCUGGGAUACCGCCGUCCCUGAGUUUGUGCCACGGUGGGAGUUUGGCCCGGCCUUGUUUGUCGGGUGGCUGGGUGGCUUCCUUCUCGUCUUCGGAGGUCUCCUGCUAAUCACAUCCCAGUGCUGCUUUCGCAAAUCCGAGGGGAACCUCCAGCUGCAACCACUACCUGUGAAGAGAGCUCUGUGGCACAAAACAGAAUAUGUCUGAUUGGAAAGGGGUCUCCUUUGGAAGACAAUCCGCAGCAAAUCGAUCGCGUUAAUUUGACCGACGUUUCUCUGAGCACCAAGUAUGCAGAGAUUAAAAAAAAAAUCAAUGUACUCUCUAUCCCUCUUUGCUUUGCCUGGUAUUUUGCAUCAUUUACCUGUUUUCCUUCACACCAGCUCCUCAACUAAGAUUUUGGGUAACUGUGGCACAGUGUUAAACAUUGCCACUUGGGGCAUCUGAUUGCCACCCUGGGCUGGCUACUAUCCAGGAUUUACCUGCAGUGACUUGAGGUGAGAACUAAACAGAGACAGAGCCAUCCAGCACGGAAACUGACCCUUCGGUCCAACCAGUCCAUGCCGACCAUAAGCCCAAUCAAAACUAGUCCCACCAGCCAGCGUUUG